AUGUUGCGAUCCGUCGAGCUGGGGCGCGCAGUACUGCAUGCACCCACUGCACAUCACGAGCUAUGGCUCACAACAUUGAUCACCAUCUCACCAAAACAGGACUCACCUUACCUUGCACAGCUCACACCAGUUCAGUGUCUUGAAGCCCUUGCAUCCGGGUCACUGUGGGUUGAUCGUGGACACGACAUGCAUGUGGAUUUACAAUUGACGGUGAAUAACAAGGCGCUGCCCCACAAGCAACUCCAAAUCCUCACGAAUGCUAUUCUCCAGGCUCCAGUAUGGCAGCAAUUAAUGUUAAGACCGAGUCUUCCCAGCAAUCCCACAACAAACCCGGGAACGAUUCGACUCAAUAUCAGUCACGCUGCUGUCGCUAGAGAGGAAGUAGGACAAAAGCAUCAUAGGCUGUUUUCAGAUGUCCCAGCUACAGAUAUUGGGCCACCAGAUGAUGUCAUUUCCGUAUCACUUCAUUCAGUUCGCCUCUGCCUGGAUAUUCUAGAGAUAGGUCCACGCCGGAAGCUUGUAGUGCCGAGAUCGAAUCUCUCUCCGAAUGAGCGCAUUGAAGCCGAAGAUAAGACUAUGAUGCUUUUUGAUGCAGAAUCGACUGGAAACGCCCCAAGUCACGAUGUACCAAAACCUUUUCCGUUUGAUGCUAGCAGAAAACGAAAACGAUCUGUCACUAGCAUGUCACUGACGCCUCUGGAAUCUCCCGGCCGACACCUUAACCGUGAAGAAAGAGAUACGCGGGUCGAUCUUAGUUCCCAGGCACCGCACAGUCUUUCCUCGAUGAUACAAUUUCAAGCUGACGUGCAAAGCAUGGUCGAUAGCGCGCUACGUCUCUCCAUACGCGGUACAAUAUCCAAACAUGCCACUGGUUUAAAAGCCAAAGCAAAUACAUUCAGUCUAGGAUUGGCUGAUGUAGCCCCUGCGUUAUGGAGAAGCGGGUACAUGGAAGCUUUGUCUCAGAGAGCCCAAUUAAUUCCUACGAUUGCCCAAUCACUUGUUCAAACAGGCUUUGCAAGAACAAUUUCUAUCUCGCUGAAGCCCAAGAUGGAGAUCCUCAGCAACGCUACUUGUGAGGGUGGACGAGAUAAUGCCCAUAGAUCAGAACACGCCAUUGAUCCCAACACCGCUCGUGUCACGCGAUAUGUCGCAAGUAAUCUAUGGGUACAUUCACAAAAGAUUCUACUUCGCGACCCUACACCGCCGACGUUAGCUUGUAUUGGCUCCACUUCAGACGAAGUCUACUCAGACACAGAUGAUAUGUCAGUGGGGAGAGACACCGAUUGGAACGAAGGUAUAUAUGCAGAACACCACAAAGACAUGGCCCUUAACAACUCAAGCGAAGGUACUAACGACGGAUGUUUACUGCCUUCUACACCGCGUUCAGUGGCUGGUGACAAUCAUCAAGUCCAAAAUCCUCACCAAAUCCUUAUCAAGCCCAUCACUGACUACGGUAUUGCCACUUCGGAAGAAGAGUUAUUGUUUGAUCCACUUUCCUACUAG